AUGCUCAGGUACAACAACAUUGUGGAGAAGGGCGAGCCCCACAACAAGGAGAUCAUCGACCACGUGUUAGACCAUGUGACAGAGUUUCCGACACCGAGGGUGGUCCCCAUGGGCGACGGCAAAGUCGACUGCAUUGUGCUCGAGAACGUUUUGACGCACGAAGAGUGCGAUCAGCUCAUAGAGGCGUGCGAGACGGUCGGCUACACAUUCUGGCUCCAGAAGAACCACCACGACACCAACGGAGAAGCCGCGUGUGACAGUGCCUCGAAAGCGGUACGCGUCGUUGACACCAUCGAGGCGAACUUUCCGAACCUCUCGGCAAAACUGUACGAGCGCAUCUCCCGUGUCGUUUCCCUCGAGUCGAAGUGCUUUUCAGAAAAUAUGCCCAACGCUGAGGAGCUCUUCGAGCGUGACCUGGCCGGAACGUGGGUGCCGCACGCGCUAUCCGAGAACCUUCUCUUCGGCCGUUACCGCCCCGGCGGCCACUUCAUGCCGCACGCCGACGGCUCCACCAUUGUCGACCUCAAUACCCGCUCCCUCUACACGCUCCUCAUCUACCUCAACGACUGCUCGCAUGGCGGAGAGACGUUUGUCUUUUCGGGCGAGCAGUGCAGCGUCAUGUACCUGGAUGAGGAGGAGAACCGGUACCGCGGUAACACAGCGCGUCGAGUGGGCGCCGUGCACCCCAAGAAGGGCUCAGCCGCAUUGUUCUACUGCAACCUGCUACACGAAGGGGCACCAGUGGUGCAGGGGUACAAGUACAUCUGCCGCGCUGAUUUGCUUUACCGUCGCACACCUUCCAUUCUCACAUCGGAGGCGGAUGUGAAGGCGUUCAACCUGUACCAGGAGGCGCGUCUGGCCGAAAGCCACGGGGACGCUGAGCGGGCAUGCCAGCUAUUUCAGCGCGUGAGAAGGCUCUCCAAUGGUGUCGCCGCCCUUUUUCAGAUUGAUUAG